AUGAACACUGCUCUGUUGUGCCGCGAAGCCAUCUGCCUCAACACGUUCAAGCCCCACUCAUUCGUAGAUUCCGUGGUGGUGUUCAUCGACAGACGCAUUGAUGCGCUCGUCUCAGUAAUGUCUCCCAAGGAUGCCGCUUACGCGUUUGCGCGUAGGCUUCGACAACACGUCCAGGCACAUGAUGCCACCACCUUGGCACUAGGGAUUAGAGCUGGCCGAACGAGGAAGAGCUCCGAGAACAUCAAGGGCCAAAGGGACCAAAACGUUACGGAGAGCGUGGGGGAGCGUCCGGCGGCGACGGGAGACGGCGAAGAGACGGAGGAACACGACGUCCAGGCCGUACAACUGUGGCGACAGUGGACAUGCUCUGGUGGCUUCUGGCCGCCGCAAAUGCCCGAUCCGAACGAUCCUGUUUUCGACGGACUCGAUGGCACCGAGGAGUUUCUUUCUAAGCUGGACGAAGGCAUCCACUUAUUUCUCAAAGAAAUUUCUCGAGAUAUUCUCGAAACUGCGCUACCUGAAGACGCGGAAGAGCUUCGAGCAGCGAGUGGUGGUACGAGAGGGGCGGGUGCUGACUCUUCUCGAUCUUUCAUGGAGACCGCUAACCGCUUGGCCCAGCUGAAGAGUGGAGUUUUGGAACCCAUGUUGUGCCAGAUGCUGACACAACAUGUCGUCAGUCGGUUCUGUCAAUCUACCAAACUGUUGCAGUUCAUGCUGCAGCUGGUUCGCCCAAGCGCGAAUCUCAGCUCUGCCGGAAGUGACAUGGAACGCCCCAAAGCGUUCUCAUUGUUGGCAGGGGCGUUGGAGAGGUCUGGCAGCACACCGACGGGCACGUUGAGGAUGGAGCUCAUGCAAGGUCUCGUCAAGAUGGCGUCGGGUAGCAGCAGAAGCGGAGAGGAUUCCAGCUCUAGAGCCAUACCCAACCCGCCCGGAGAUACUGGGACGCCACCGGGGAGCGGCAAACCCGAAGGAGCUAAGAAGAUUUACCUGGACAAGCGCAAGAUCGCGAAAGCUGGCAGCUCGAAGACGAUGGAAACAAGCGAAAGUGCCGAUAGCGCUCGAUGGUCUAAGGUGGACAUCGGGAGUGAGAGCGGAGACGGGAAUGUCGGGAAUACCUCUCUAAUGAGUGCACCAGCAGCGGCUGCUACGCGUGGAAAGGCUGGAGGCGCAAGGGACAUAUUUUGCAUCCCUAACACAGAAGAGGAUCAAGCGCUAGAAGAACUCGCCAAGUUUUUGAACUCCGAGAUAGUGGAUAAAAUCCCUCUGGCGAAGGUUUUCCUGCCGGAAAGCUGGGUAUCCGAUCGUGUUACUGCCGCCCGGGCUGUUGCGAAGCGGCCAACCAACCUCAUGCUGGUGCUAUCGAUCGUCGAUGCUGCCAAGAGUGUAUUCGGCACUGCCGGGGUCAGAGACAAAAAGAAGUCCUUCGGCGCCCCCACCAGCCAUUCGACCAACACUCCUGUUCCCAUCGCGAAAGAGGCCGUUGCUGUCGUAUCUGGCAACGUUCCAAGCGAACCGAGCAAGGGCAGCAGAACAGCAAGUAUUCCCGAGGCUCGUGGGCAAGAGACCCAGGCAGGACGAGGCAGCGGCUUGAACGAAGCUUGGGCACCAUCGCAUGGCGCAGAAUCGAAAUUGCGGCGGCAACGAAGACGCGGUCGACGAGACACCCCCGGAUGGCGAGCUUGGGAGGCACGGAAGGAACGCUUCUUUGGGAUGGAUUUAGGAGUGGCAGCAAUGCACGUCGGCCGGUGCCUCCUCGGACAAGAGGCCGUUGAACACGGGGACGCAAUCCUGAAGACCGUCAGUCUAGGGUACUGUUCGGUGGAGGCCGUGGUGCGAGAUGAGGCUUCCAACACCUUGCGAAAGUGUUCGGAAGUUGCCGUGUCGGACAUGCUCCGAAGGGUCAAGCCCCUGUCGACACAACCCAUCCUCUACGUUUCCUGUCAGAUGCGGAUGUUGAGGGCUUUGAAGAAGACUGGUCUUGAUUUCUCCAAGUCGCUGGGCGACGGCCCUCAGAAGAAAGCUCUCUCCCGUCGCUUCAGAAGUUACUCGUGGAUAUUCACGGACGCUCUCAUCGAGAAGCUUGUCGCCUUGAAGGCCGAAGACUUGGCAAGGUGUCGCGCCAUGGAAAGUCAAUCAAUCGCCACGACGCCUCAUUUAUCGGAGCAUGAGGUAACAGUACCGCGGGAAAUUUCGGUUAAGGAACGAGAGCCCCGCAAAGGCGUGAGUCGCACCGACAGAGAACACGAGGUGAGGGAACUGAAGCGAGAAAGAAAGGCACACAAGGGUGACAUCAUGCGAGAAAUGACGGCAGCGUGCGACUCGAGCAAGGACCUCCUCGUUAAAGUCGUUGACUCGUGGCUGCCAGACGUUCUGGCUGCGGACAGAGCGAAGGAGGGAAGUGUUGAAGAACAGGCGACAUGAUUUCAUUCCUAUGAAGGUGGUGGCGCCAGCAUUCACGACUAGUGCGAGUUAUUUUCGAUUUUCAACAACCAUGGCGCCGACACGUCACGUAAAACGCCUCAUUUUACUGAGGUAGACUGCGCACUUCAGUGUCGUGCCUACAACCCCUCAUUUUUCUGAGGUAGGCUUUGCACUUCAGUGUCGUGCCAUUGAUAUUGGUGAUACAAGGGAGCACCUGCAACAGUAUUCGUUUGGAUUUGGAUUUGGACAUGGGCGUGCGUGUAGACGCCACUGUUUUGCAAUUGAAACGAUGGAAGGGGUCUUCUUGUAAUGAUGUUUGUAUCCUCUGCGUGCGGCGGAUAUUGAUUUCUUGUAAAUGCCAUCUCCGGGGAUGGGAUCACAGUAGAAAGGGGAUCUUUGAAUUUUCUUGUCGGUCCAGCUUUUUUGAACGUGUCCCCCAUUUUGGCUAGAGUUUUGUGAUGGGGGAGCCGCUCUGUUUUCGAUGCCGGAAAUUGCGCAGCUGGUGAUUCAAUUCCAAGCAGGGUUGCCACAACUUGUCGCGUAGAGUUCUGAGUUUCGGUUUGCGACGGUGUCAUGUGAGAGACUUCAAACGAAAAACACCAACAGCGCGUACGUGCUGGAGAGACGAUGUAAUGGUCACGCAUACAAAUGAUCGUGUGCGCAACACUUAAACGCCAGUGUGCAUACGGGUGCUAAAUACGGU